AUGUCCUAUGGAUCCAUCGCUGGCAGUGGUGGCCUGGGGAGCCACGGCCCUUUCGGGGGACCCUCCAGACAAGGCUAUCAGCCCCUAGAGUGCGCUAAAUGUUGGACCGAGUAUGGAAUACGCCAUUUCCCCUGCCCGUCGCCAGAGAGCAGCCCGCAGGACCCCUGUGUGGGCAAGGACGGGGAAGGUGAUCUGGGGUCGGCGGGCACGCCCAGAGGCCCGAGGGCCAGGAAGCGAGGGCCAGGGGUCGCCCCCGAAGGCAGCGGGACACCAGAGCCCGGCUCACCGCCUGCCGCAAGCCCAAGGAAGGACUCUGCCGGCGGGGCCCACGGCCGGCUGGCGGGGCCCGGCGCCACGCGGGCCAAGAAGAGGAAACCCAACUUCUGCCCACAGGAGACAGAGGUCCUGGUGUCCAAGGUCAGCAAGCACCACCAGCUGCUGUUCGGCACGGGGCUGCUGAAGGCCGAGCCCACCCGCAGGUACCACGUGUGGAGCCGCAUCCUGCAGGCUGUGAACGCCCUGGGCUACUGCCGCCGGGACGUCGUGGACCUCAAGCACAAGUGGAGGGACCUGCGCGCUGUCGUGCGGCGCAAGCUGGGCGACCUCCGCCACGUGGCCCGCGGCCCCGGCCGGCUCCAGGCCUCGGCCCUCACGCCUGUGGAGCAGGUGGUGGCCGAGACCUUCUCCUGCCAGGCCCCCGCCCCGGAGGGCCUCGGCCUGGAGCCGCUCAGAGCCACCCAGGUGGACCCAGGUGACCUCCAGGAGCUGUUCCAGCAGACAUCGGCCAGCGUCUUCCGGAUCAACUCCAACGCAGACGCCUGCCUGUCCACGCCCCUGCAGCAGGCUGCCCGACCCCACACCUGCCCCACUGAGGCUGCAGCCCAGCUGGGGCCCUCUCGCCAGCCCCAGGUCGCUGCCAAGUGUCUGGCCACUUGGGGGAAUUGCAAGCCACCUGCACGUGUGGACUUGGCCAUCUUUGUCGGGACCGUGAGGGACCCUGCCUUGGGCACACCAUCCACCCUGCCGCCUCUGGAGCCUGGUGCCUGGGCCGGCUUGGCCCUAGACCCAUGUGCUGACGGGCUGCGGCAGUGGGGCGUGGGGAGGGCCAGCCUGUCCCCUCCCGGCUGCGUGACAGGCCCUGUAACCUGGCAGGAGCAUCUCCAGCUGGACCGCCUCAGAACUCAGCUGUCGGAUGCCAUUCAGCGCUACGGCGCAGUGCAGAAGAAAAUUGCAGAAAAGUCCAGAGCCCUGCUUCCCGCUGCGCAGAGGGGCGGCACGCAGCAGAGUCCCCGGGCCCCUUUUGCUGAGCUGCCCGAUGAUGAGAAGAUCUUUAACGGGGGUGACGGCAUGUGGCAGGGCCAGGAGCAGGCGCUGCUUCCCGAGAUCACUGAGGAGGACGAGGAGGCCAUCCGGCUGCGCGAGGAGGCCAUCCUGCAGAUUGAGAGUGACUUGUUGGAUGUAAAUCAGAUUAUCAAGGACUUGGCCUCCAUGGUGUCAGAGCAAGGAGAUGCCAUUGAUAGUAUUGAAGCCAGCCUUGAGGCUGCGUCCUCGCACACAGAGGCGGCCAGCGAGCUCCUGGCUGGAGCCAGCCGGCACCAACUCCAGAGACGCAAGAUCAAGUGCUGCUUACUGUCGGUUGGAGUCACUGUCCUGCUGGUCAUCAUCCUCAUCACUGCCACCUCUAUCCGAAAGUAA